UAUUCAGUUGAUAUUGCUAUCCAAGAAACAGCAAUGGCCUCCUUCAAAACACUUCUCUUUGUGUCUCUCUUGGUUGUUGCUGCACUGGCUGCAGUUCCAAUCGCUGAAGCGCAACUACUUGGCCUGAUUAACGGACUUUUAGGGUUAAUCCGCAUACAAGGGACGUUGUUUUGCACUGCUAAUGGCCGUGUCAGUAGUGCUGGCGCCUCCCUUACACCAGUAUUCCCAAAUGCUACUGUCCAACUGCAAUGUGGAUCUGGAAAUGUGAUUUCUACUGCUACUACGAAUGCCUCAGGACUCUUUUCAAUCCUGCUAGAUCCUCUCCAGUUUGUCCUGUCUUCACUACUAUCUAAUUGCAAGCUCGUAGUUAACACACCGCUGUCCACCUGCAACUCUAGCUUUUCUGGAACCCAGAUACUCGAAUCUACCUUGCAGGUCAUUGGAAACACCCUCGUCGGAAUCCUUAACAUCAUCCUUCUCAUUCCGGCCGGCUUCAACGUCAUCAAUUAAUAUCUAAAAUAAGGAUAUAUAACAUGGUCACCUGCGUAGAAGUCUUGUUCCUUAAUCCUAAGAUGAAUAAGGUCAACUAAGGAUGAAACCUAU